AUGGCUAUGGCGCCGUCGCCCUGUCCUCGCCAUGUCUCUCUUGAGCUGACUCAUAAGGCGCUUCCGGCAUCAGCUGCUCGUUUAGCCCGUUCAGCUUCUAUAGCGCGUACAGCUCGUUUAGAUCAUGCAACUUCGCGUCCGAGCACGUUCACGGGAUGGACAACAAGAGCGCCAGUGCGCACCGCACCCGCCUUGCGCGUUACACGGAGCAGAAGCAGCGGUGGAGGGCGGAUACAACGGGGACUGAACGACAAGCGGUUAGUCGCCGCGCGCUCGACGCGAUUGGCCAGGGAUGCGCGCGCCGAUCGCGGCAGCGCCGAGCUGCCGUCGGACUUGGCUGAUCUAGGAGUGCAACAUCCCCCGGUCUACACCCUCGGCACCCGCAGCGAUCGCACCAACCUCAGGUUCGAUCCAACGGCUGAUGCGCUGCCAGGUGGCGCGGAUCUGUUCGUCACGGAGAGAGGCGGGGAGGUUACAUACCACGGGCCGGGUCAGCUCGUGAUCUACCCCAUAGUGGACCUGCGGCAGCACCACUGCGACCUGCACUGGUACCUGCGGUCUCUGGAGGAAGUGAUUAUAAGGGGGUUGGAGGAAGGAUUUGGCAUUCGUGCGGGGAGGGAAUCGGGCAUGACUGGCGUGUGGGCAGCCGGUUCCAAGCUAGCAGCCAUGGGUGUCAGAGUCUCUCGUUGGAUCACCUUCCAUGGAGCAGCGCUCAAUGUGACAACAGACCUCUCUGCCUUUGCCCACAUUAUCCCAUGUGGCCUCACUCUCCCGGUGGGCUCUGUAGCCUCUCACCUCCACCAUCACUCACAUGCUGCUCAUGCCACUGCUGCUGCUGCUGCCGCUGCUGUUGCUGCUGCUGGUGGUUAUGCUGCGGAUGCUGCUGUGGACCGUGCUGUUGUCGAUGGUGCUGCAGUAGAGGGUGCUGCUGUGGCUAGCAUUGAUACAUGGCAAGCAGAGAUGGGAGAUGGACCUGACUCAAGGCAGGAGUGGGAGGAAAGCAUGAUGACGCAUGCAGCACAGCAUGUAGCAUCCGCCUUUGCUGAAGUCUUCAACGUCGACAUGAUUCUUCUGCAUCAGUGCCUUGCCACUACUGCCAAGAUUCAGGGUUUCAGCUCUGGGAGCUAG